GCGGAAGUUCUCAAUGACAACGUCAUCCCCCUGCGCCGGAAGUGCUUGAGAUAGAGCUCUGGUGGAGAGCCGGCGGUGGCGGCUGCAGCGGCUGCAGGAGAAAUGGCCGCAGAGGAUUGCGCAUCCCUGUUGGGCCCCAAAGAGGAAGAGGAGGAGGAAGAGAAGCCCUGGCAGCCGUUGUUUGCGGAGCAGCAUUUGAACCCAGGCCGCUCGCGAAGGUCAAUGUUUCCGUAACCUUAAUGGAGAGGAAGGACUUUGAAGCAUGGCUUGAUCACCUGUCUGUGGCGUUCCUCUCUCUGACGGACUCGCAGAAGAAUGAGGCCCUGGACCACCUGAUUGGCCAGAGCGGGGCCGCCCAGCUCCGGCACCUCUCCCACCACCUGGAGACCCUCCUCAAGCGGGACUUCCUCAAACUGCUCCCGCUGGAACUCGGAUUCUAUUUGCUCAAAUGGCUCGACCCGCAGACCUUACUCACGUGUUGCCUGGUCUCUAAGCAGUGGAACAAGGUCAUCAGCGCCUGCAUGGAGGUCUGGCAGGCGGCCUGCAAGCGGCUGGGCUGGCGCAUCGACGACGACUCAGUCCAGGAUGCCCGGCACUGGAAGAAGGUCUACCUCAAGGCCAUCUUGCGCAUGAAGCAGCUGCAGGACCACGAAGCCUUCGAGACCUCCUCACUGAUCGGACACAGCGCCAGGGUCUAUGCACUUUACUACAAGGACGGGCUGCUUUGUACAGGUUCGGACGACUUGUCCGCCAAGCUGUGGGACGUGAGCACCGGGCAGUGCGUCUACGGGAUCCAGACCCAUACCUGUGCGGCAGUGAAGUUCGACGAGCAGAAGCUGGUGACGGGAUCCUUCGACAACACCAUCGCCUGCUGGGAGUGGAGUUCAGGGGCCAAGACCCAGCACUUUCGGGGCCACACAGGGGCAGUUUUCAGCGUGGAUUACAACGAUGAGCUUGACCUCCUGGUCAGCGGUUCGGCAGAUUUCACUGUGAAAGUCUGGGCUUUAUCCACCGGCGUCUGUCUCAAUACCUUGACCGGACACACGGAAUGGGUCACAAAGGUGGUCUUGCAGAAGUGCAAAGUCAAGUCCCUCAUGCACAGUCCCGGGGAUUACAUCCUUUUAAGCGCAGAUAAAUACGAAAUCAAGAUCUGGCCAAUUGGAAGAGAAAUUAACUGCAAAUGCUUAAAAACCCUGACCGUUUCGGAGGACCGCAGCAUCUCCCUGCAGCCCCGGCUACACUUUGACGGGAAAUACAUCGUGUGCAGUUCAGCCAUUGGGUUGUUCCAGUGGGAUUUUGCCAGCUAUGAUAUCCUCAGGGUUAUCAAACCCCCCGAGUCGGCAAACUUGUCCUUGCUGGGCUUCGGUGACAUUUUUGCUCUCCUGUUUGAUAGCCACUUCCUGUACAUCAUGGAUUUGAGGACAGAGAAACUGAUCAGCCGUUGGCCGCUGCCGGAAUAUCGGAAGUCCAAGAGAGGCUCCAGCUUUUUGGCCGGAGAAACAUCUUGGCUGGACGGUUUGGACGGUCAGAACGACAUGGGCCUGGUGUUUGCCACUAGCAUGCCAGACCACAGUAUUCACCUGGUUUUGUGGAAGGAGCACGGCUGAAAAAAAGGAGGAGAAAAAGAAAACAAGCCAGCCGAAUACGUGACAUAAGAAAAAUAUGAAACGAAAACACAACUUUGGAGACCGACCGCCAGCGAUGGAUGAAUCAGACCGAGGAGACUGCAUGAACCAAAGCUGCACAUUUUAAUGGAUAUCAUCAUGCAAUGCACAAUCAUUUUAUCUUUUUUUAAAAAUCUCGGCAUCCUUUUGAUGAGAGAAGGGAGUUGGGGGAUGAUUACACGAUUUCCUUUGCAUCAUGGCAUGCUAACAGCUUCCAUCACUGCCUCAUGUAUACUCAUGUUCAAACAUACACAUCUGAGCAUUUAGAUCAA